AUGGCAAAAGUGACGAAACUUCUCGCCCAGCUUCCGAUCGAAGAAAAGGUGGAGUUUCUCAACUCCUUCGACAUGGUUCAGACAGACUGCGAUGGUGUGCUGUGGCUGCUGCAGGGUCCAUUCCAAGGGGUUGACGUGUCCAUCAGGGAGCUACGGAAGGCUGGGAAGAAAAUUGCAUUCGUCUCGAACAACAGUGUCCGCGCCAUGGAUGACUACAAAGGGAAGCUGGACAAGCUGACUGAUUUUACCGUCACCGAAGAAGACAUAGUUCACCCGGCAAAGGUCGUAAUCGCUUUCUUGAAGGAACGCGGAUUUGACUCACUGUGCUACGUGAUAGGAAGCAAACAUUUUAAGAAAUGUCUUCGUGACGCAGGCUUUCAAGUGCUCGACGGGCCAGAACAACCCAUGAAUGAAUCGGUAGCUGAGAUAGGGCAGGUUAUUGCUGAUAAACAACCGGUCAAAGCUGUCAUUGUGGACUUUGACUACAACUGCAACUAUAUCAAACUGCUGCGAGCCCAGCUGUAUAUGCAGCAAGGAGAUUGCUGGUUUAUCGCCGGAGCAAUGGAUAAAGUUUUGCCGCUCGGUCCAAAAAUGCGCCUGCUGGGGCCGGGAUACUACGUGGACAUACUGCAGGAUAUCACCGAUAUGAAGCCCAUCAUGUUGGCUAAACCAGGCGUGGCCAUGAGUAAGGUGUUGAAGCGAAUGUUACCGGUUGAGGAUCCCCGUCGGGUGCUGUUCAUUGGCGAUCAGCCCGAGCUGGAUGUGAAGUUUGGCAGCAUUUCCAACUAUCAAACACUACUGGUUGGCACUGGCGGGGUCAAGGAAGUUGAUCUGAAAAAUUACGCCGGCGAUAUGGUGCCGGAUUACUACAUUGGGGCCUUUGCUGACCUGGCGCAGAUCGUGCGAGAUGUGGCCGCGUACAAAACUGCCAAAGAACAAAAACUUUGAAAAUGUUUAAGGUACACGUUCCUCAUAAGAUAAACUAUUUAUUCCAUGCAUCUUCAAUGAACUGACUAGAAUCUAGUGCCUUUGUGAAUGGAGGUAAAGAAACAUGUUCUUUCUGAUGGUAAUUUGUCAAGCCAUGUCCUACCGUGGUCAAUUACUUGCAAAGUCUAGAUCAGU